AGCUCCGCUCCCAUUGGCUCAGAGAAACAUCAAUCUAUGAAACGUACAAUUCUAUUGGUCAAUGCGCCUGACCAUUAUCGCAGAGGUGCUUGAAGGCUGCAGAACUUGUCUUCUUGUUUACAAGCGAGGUAAAGGGUGACAUUUCUGUUGGUUUCGGUCGCACAGGAGACGUCACUAACAAAGUCAUUCUUUAACCGGGUAGCUGAACUUUCUGAGGUCUCGUUGAACCUGUCACAUUGCCCCCUUCUCUCAACCGGACCAUUCAGACACAGACAUGGCAAGCCUCGGCAGGCUCAAUUCCAAGGAUGCAGUGCUCUUCCUGUGUGACAUGCAAGAGAAGUUCAGACCCAACAUCUUCCAGUUCAACAACAUUGUCAGCAAUGCUGCCAGAUUACUCCAGGCCAGUCGCGUCCUGGGCAUCCCCCCUAUUUUGACAGAACAGUACCCUAAAGGUUUGGGUCCCACAGUUCCAGAGCUGGGAGCAGAAGGUUUGAAGGCCCAUGCUAAAACUUGUUUCACCAUGAUUAUAGAGGAUGUCAAGAAGGAGUUGGAGGCCCUGGGGAAUCCCAAACAGGCUAUUCUGUGUGGAAUAGAGGCACACGCCUGCAUUGCUUGCACAGCUUUCGACCUGAUUGAAAAAGGGAUGGAGGUUCAUAUUGUUGCUGAUGCUGUAUCUGCCAGAAGUCAGACGGAUCGUCUGUUUGCUCUCUCUCGACUGAAGCAGAGCGGGGCAUUCCUCACCACCACAGAGGCGGUCCUGCUGCAGCUGGUUCAGGAUGCUAAACAUCCAAACUUUAAGGAGAUCCAGAAGCUCAUGCUCCACCCAUCUCCUGACACCGGCCUCCUCUCCUUCUUCAGUGCCAUGUAGAAAGAUCCUCACCAGUCAUUCUGUUCUUCAGAUACUGUACAGAAUAUCUCUGCUUCUCUGCUGCCUACAUUCACUUUAUUGAAGUGCUUCAAUAAAAGGGAUGCUGCUACUUUAAAUGU